AUGUUGGGUUCCAGCAGAUACAUGUGUUUCCCUGAUGAGCUGAGAGCUAGUUUCUUGAGUCCUACUGACAGGAAGGAUAAGAAGAACCACACAAACAAGCUUCGAGAGCUGGCCUCGCUGAUCCCUGUGACCAUGAAGACCAGAAACAAGAAGCACACCAAGAAGGAGAUUCUGCUGCGUGUCCUGCACUACAUCCAGUACCUCCAGAGAAGCAUUGAUGUGGCCAAGGCUGUGCUCAAGCUCCACGGCAGCAAUAGCAAAGGGGGAUUUGUGGGACUGGGUCGGAACCCAUCUACUGGCCCAACCCGGCGGAGACACUCCACCCCCUCCAGCUCUCAGAAGUCAUGCCUUUGGGGCUCCUGCUCGAGACCCCGAAAGAAGAAGUUCACCCGAGUGUCAGAGCGCCCAACCUGGCCUCAGAAGCCUCGCCGCUCUCUGGCUCUGGACCAGCCUGAAAAUCUGGCCACUGCACAUCCAGGUCAGAAGGAAGAGAACGGGGAAGGUGCUACCUACCCAAGAGACCUCAGCCCUGGCACCCACCCCACAACUGCACUGUCCCUGUCGGAAGAUGAUGGAGGAGGGGCCCAGCUGGUGUUCCUGGACAUGGCUCAGAACAUUGUUGCCUAUGACAUGACAAGUGAUCAUGGUGCAGGGGCUCAGGAUGGUGAGCCUGACAUUGACGUCAAGGCUCAGAGCAGGGUUCAGAGGUCCUAUCUCCUCACCAGGGCACAGCCCUGUCUCAGCUCAGCCCAGCAGAAGCUAUUCUUGUGCACUUCCAGUGAGAGAGACAAAGAAGCUUCAGACAUUGACCCCUGGCUUCCUGCGUGGACCUCAGAGGACAGCCCCAAUGGGAGCCCACUGGCCUCGGGGUCUUCCCAGAUCAGUAACUGGCAUGUGACGAACUACCUGAGUGAGAUCUUAGGACUCAGCUCUUCCCUCUUCAGCUCCCCAAGCAAAACCCUGCCAGAUCAUGUCCUGGAGGAUGGCAACUACUGUUUGACUGAAGGUCUCUUGGAGUCUUCGCCUGCUGCCUGUGAACUGGAGGGCCUCCAAGAGAAGGACACACCCUCUGAGGGCCCUACAGCCCCACCUAACUUCCAGUCCUCAGUCUCACUGGACCACUGCUACCUGUCACAGCAUGAGAACAUCAAGGUGCUGUCCAGCAGCAGCUCCAGUUCCGAGUCCACAGACACGGAGUCUUUGUGGGAACAGGAGGUGAGAGGGGUGGCCAUCUACCCAGGGAGGACAGGGGUCUUCUUCCUUGCUCAGCCUUCUGUCCUGCAGCAGGCCAACCCUGUGGGCUUGCAGACCCCCAGUGAUGAGGACAGAGACUACACAUGGACUCCUACCCGACAGUCUUCUGGCCUGCUGGCAGCUGGCAAAAAGACCAAGAAGGUCCAGGCAAGCCAGGGCUCUGUGAAGCCCAAGGACAACAGAAAAGCCUGCCCUGGCCAGGCGAAGAAAAAGUGUGUCAAUGGCUUCAUCAUGUUCUGCAGAAUGAACCGGAAGCAGUACAUCCGAGCCUGUCCUGGGACUGCCUCCACAGCUGCCACCAAGGAGCUGGCUCAACUGUGGCGAGGGAUGACUCUGGAGGAAAGGAGACCAUACUGCACUAAGGCACGCAGGUUCAGCCGCCAGCACAACCGCAUUGUGAAGCGGGAGAGCUCCAGCAGUGAGGACGACGAUGGGGAGACCCCUAAGCCCUUCUACCAGCUGCUGGCUGAGAAGGCCCAAGUGUCUUUGGGGCUGGCUUCACUGCCCUCCCCUCACUGCCAGCGGGAGGGGCAGUCCCUGCUGGGUCUGUCAUCUGCUUAGCUCCCAGGCCCCCCAAUGAGUGUUUCCCCUGGGCCUCAGUAGGCACUGCCAAGGGUCCCCUGCCCAGCACCCAGACCCAGAGAGGAAGUGUUAUUUACUGACCCAAGGCUCCGUCCUCUGCCUUGUACAUAGACAGCCCUCCCCACCUGCUCUUACAGGAUGGGUGCCCCAGAUGAAAUGCAGAGCUCCCAGAAUCGUAUGUUUCAACCCUGUUUGUUUUCGUUGCAUCCUUCCCUGCUCUAUUAGUCUUAAAAUGAAAUGGAACCCUUUUUACGAGCAGGGAGAGAAGGAAUGCUGUGUCCCAGAUCCCUUGGCCCUUGUGUGGGCUUUCCACAUAUCAAAUGCGGAAGCCCUUUGCUUCUGAAAGCCCACAGGUAUGAACUCAACCCCUUUACCUCAGAAAUCCAGUCUUGGGAUGUGGUGACCCACGUUCAUAAUUCCACCAUUCAGGAGGCUGAGGCAGGAAGUAGGAUUUGAGGCCAGUGUGAA